CUGCCCGCCGCUCCCACUCCUGGGCGCGCGCGCGCGCAGCCGGUGGAGGUGUGACUGGGCAAGGCGCUGGCGGUAACUUCUCUGUGAACGGAGCAACCAAAACGACUUCUCGCAGAGUUGCAGAAGGUGAAAAUGCGCCAUUAACUAGUUCUGCAUAAAGUUCCAGUCACCGCGCAAGAGAUGUUCCGUGCACCCACUCCUUAGGAGCUGCCCACUCCUAAGAGGAAGAAAGCAACUAAGAGGAAGUUCGAGGAUGCCGGUUCCGGGAGGCUGUGGCCACGGCGCAGAGGGCGGCCGGCCCCAUGUGGUGGGGCUCCGUGCGGUGCUCCCGGUUCUGGUGCUGGUCCUGAGGCUCACGCUGCUCACCGCAGGUUUUCUGGAAGUGGAGAUGGCAGGGAGGACUCAGAUGGUUCUCCUGAAUGAAAAUGCGACUAUCUUGUGCAAGAUCCCUGGUUUCCCACACCUGGACAUCAACAGUAUGGGUAUCACCUGGUUUCGGAAGGCUCAGGUGUCUGAAACAGAGAUCAAACUGUUUGAAUUUUUUGGAGACCACAAAGUGGCGUUCCGACCUGGAGCCAACGUGUCUCCAUGGAGGCUGAAGAGGGGGGAUGCCUCACUGCAGCUGCCUGGGGUCCAACUGUGGGAAGCAGGAGAGUACCGAUGUGAGUUGGUGGUCACUCCUCAGAAGGCACAGGGGAGAGUCUGGCUGGAGGUUGUAGCUCACCCAGUCAGUAGCUUGUUUCUGGAGCAAGCCAUGGUGAAAGAUAAUGAAGACAAACAUAUUUUGUGUAAGUCAAGUGGAUUCUACCCAGAGGAUAUUAGCAUAACGUGGAAAAGGUGGACCCAGAAGGAGCCCCAGUUCCAGGAGAUUUCUGAGGACAUCAUCACUGGCCCCACCAUCAAGAAUGAGGAUGGUACAUUUAAUAUCACUAGCUACUUGAGGCUGAAGCCCUCUCUGGAAGACAAUGUGACCAUCUACCAGUGUGUGGUAUGGCAUGUAUCCUCACUCAUGUGCCAGAGUUUCAACUUCACCCCAAUUCUGAUAGAAUCUGAGAAGAAAACUGACUCGUGGAUUGUUUGGUUGUGUAUUGGAUUGAUCUUUACUGUACUGAUCUUAGUAAUUUUAUUUUUAUAUUUUUUUCUUUGGAAAAGGUAAGAGGCUGCAAAGCAAAGUUUAGACUUAUGUUUUGGAGUAGGCUCUGGGAGUUCAGAACUCACGGCCAAUGCAUGGUGUUGGGGAGUUCUCAGGGUUGAUGCUGGGAUAUUCUAAGUGUAUUUAUGGUGUGUGGCUUUUUCUGAUGUGUUGGGGAGGAACUGUCUCAUUUGGUCUCCAUGUGGUGGCCUGGGACUCUGGGGAGAUGCAUUGUAAAGCCCCUCUGCCUUCUCAUAAUAAAGUCUCACUGUAAAUCAAACCUGA